CCCCCCAACACAUCCAUUACAGAAGAAAGAGCCCCUUUGUGCCGGCAAGCGCGAUGAGGCACUUGGAUGGGUCGGUGUUCUCCGUCACCGUGGCCGGCAAGCGCAAGCGUUCGCCGGAGUACCCCUGCGUGUCGCGCUUCCGGCAGCGGCGACUCCUCUCCUUCCUCCGGCGCCAGAAGCUGUUCGACACCUACGACGCGCUUACCGGCGAGUCGGGUGCGCGCAUCGACCUGUACCAUCUGGCCGACCUCGUCAAGGCGGGCCGGUGGGACGAGGCCAUCGAGCAUCUCUCCCGCUUCCUGCCGCCCGACCCUGCUCUGGGCGUCCACGGCCGUGUCCUCCUCCACUUCCUCCGCGUGCACAAGGCCCUCCACGACAUCGUCUCCGGGGCGCCCGAGAGCCGUGCCGUCUCUGCAGCUCUCAGGAUGUGCUUCACCAAGAAUUUUGCCAUCACCAAGCUCCGCGCCAUCCUCUGGUCCCUCCUCUCCUCCAGCGGAUUCAGGGACUCCCUGGACUUUGGGCGCGUGAGAGACAAGGCUGCGUCCACUGUCGUUUACUUGGCUUAUCAAACUCCAGAGUUGAGAGAACAUGUGAAAGAGGCGCGUGGCCCAGCGGAACCUCACAAUGUACUCCCCAUCGGCUUUGGUUUCCGUCCAAGGCGCCAUGUGAAGCGCAUCCCGGGCUCUGUUCUUGUCAGGCACUAUCUUCGUAAGAGGAGGAUGCUUCCUUCUUCGAUAUCAAGUCACCGUGAAGGGUUAAGUUCUGAAUCGUUAAUUAAGGCAAAAGAAUGGAUGGUGGAUCUUGUUGAUACAAGUUUGGAAGCUGGUAAGCGGGAUCAAGGGUAUCCACUUCAAUAUGUUUGUACUCCAAUGGUACAAAAAGGUGCUCCUGUUGAUCCAGUCUCGCGGAAUAAUCUUGGUACAUUCAGAAGUCCAGCUAGAAAUCCUGGCAUGUCAUCAGACACCGACUUUGACAUGUUAGUUCUCAAGACAAAGGAAUGGGUGGUUUAUCUUCUAGAUCUACGGCUGGAAGCUUGGCCGGACCUUAGUCAAGGGUAUGAGCCAUUUCGACGUGUCAACAAGGAUGGUAUUCCAGUUGCCCGAGUUUCGCAGACUAUCCCUUAUACGUUGAUGGGGCCUGUUACAAUUUCAUCAGUAACAAAUGCAGAAGUUCCAUCCUUCUUCCAGGUUCUCCAUCCUUUGAAAGGUCCUGCUAGAAACUAUGGGAUCUCACCAGUGACAAAUGCAGGUGGUCUACCUUCACAGGCCAUAUCUGCUAUCUUGGCACCUCCUUAUGAUCAGUUCUUGAUUUCAAUAGAGAAAGAUGCAGGUGCUCUGUCCUCAAAGGCCAUGUCUGCUAGCUUGGCAUCUCCUUCUAAAUACAUCAAGGCAAAUGCAGAUGCUCUACCCUCAGAGACUAUGUCUGCUAUCUGGGCAUCUCCUUACGAAAACUCUCUGGUCUCAACAGUGACAAAUGCAGGUACACAGAAGCAUUUGAGUCAAGAACAUUGCUAUACUGCGAAUGCUUGCCAGGAUUUGAACUGACAACUGUUGGGCAAGCCUUUAAUCUGAAAAGGCAACGGACAACUCCGGUGCAGGCUUUGCUGAUUGAAGGUGAAGCUUAAGGUCACCUCACACCAUGUUCUUGAGUGGUGGGAUCGACUUUACUCAUGGGGCUUCUAUCUUUGUGAAAAGACGCCCCAAUACUGUUAGUGGGCUUGUUGUGCUGCUGCCCCCAGCGUGAACUUUGUUGUUUUUAUUUUUUGUGAACCUAUGUUGUGCGUUCGGAUCGUACUUUGAACUAUGUAUUAUCGCUACUUGAGCCAAGUUAUGUCAUUUUCUUAUUGUGAAA